GAGGUCUCUAAGCAGUGAGAAGUCUGAUCGAAUUGUUUCGUAGCUCAAAUGGGAAGUGGAAUGCCAAAGUUUCCUGUGGAAGAAAUGGACACCACUCGAGAAGUCUCUACAAGGCAUAAGCGGUCUAAGAGUGACUCUGAUAAGAGAAUCAAGACUGGUAAGCUGGAUACAUCAGUAAUAUCAUUUCAUCAUGUUAGGAUGGACAAGGAAGAAGUCGGCCAAGCUGAAGUCAAGAAGAGGCCAUCACCUAACAAUGUCAUGGAAAGCUCUUUAAAGAAAGAGAUUCAACAACUUGAGAAAUGCCUCGAGGAUCAGUUUGUUGUACGUCGUGCACUAGAACAAGCAUUGCAGCACAAGAGCUCUGCCAUUGAUACAUCAGCUGAUACUUUUAUUCCCAAAUCAACCAAGGAAGUAAUAAGGGAGAUUGCUAUGUUGGAGUUAGAGGUUGUGCAUUUGGAACAAUACCUUCUAUCCCUCUACAGGAGAGCUUUCGAGCAACAAAUGUCCGGUGCAUCACAUACUGCAGUUGAAGGUGCAACACAUGCUGCCUCAUUCCAAAAGUUCAGAUCAGCAGUUCGGUCGAAUCACAUCUUGCUUCCACAAAAGAUGGCAAAUUGUCGAGAGAAGCGUGGUUGUCUUCUUCACCGCAGCCAUUCCUCGGUAAUGCCACCUUCAUCAAAGUAUCCAACUCGAGCUCUCAAGGCAUGCCAUGCUUUAUCUUUCCUUGAACAUGAACAGCAGUUCAAUUCGGGGGUCAUUAGCUUAGCAGAUCAUCUUGGAACCACUGUCGCUGAUCAUGUUCCUGAGACACCGAACAGACUCUCCGAAGACAUGAUCAGGUCCAUGUGUGCCAUCUACCGCAAACUGACAGACCACCACGUUGGCCAUUGUGGUGUUGCAUCCUCUCCGACUUCAUCCUUCUCAUCUAGGAAUACAUUUUCUCCCUGUUAUACCGGAGAACUGCAGAGUCCUUGCCGCAAAAGGGAAUCCAUGGUUGAUACAUGGAUAGAAAAUUCUUGCUGUACCAAAAGAUUCCGGGAGUUCAGUGGACCUUACAGUGUGAUGGUGGAAGUGUCUUCUAUCUGCAAAUCCAGUCAAACGUCUACCGAUGUUGAAGAGAUGCUACAUAACUACAAAACGCUUGUCCAUCGACUUGAAACAGUUGAUCCAAGGAUGAUGAGCAACGAGGAAAAGAUUGCUUUCUGGAUUAACAUACACAAUGCUAUGUUAAUGCAUGCACAUCUAGAAUAUGGGAUUCCAGGAAGCAACAUAAAGAAGGUAUCAUUUCUCAUCAAGAACAUGUACAAUAUAGGUGGUCGUAUGGUGAAUGCGUACAUAAUACAAAGCUCAAUACUUGGCUGUCGUAUGCAUCCUCCAGGACAGUGGCUACGGCUAAUAAUCUCCUCAAAGGUGAAGGUCAAGGAUGGUGAUGAGUGGAAAGGCUACGCCAUUGAGAACCCUCAACCUCUACUACGUUUCGCACUUUGUGCAGGAAGCCAUUCAGAUCCUGCCGUUCGAGUGUACAGUCCCAAGAGACUGUCCCAACUGCUGGAAGCUGCAAAGAUGGAGUACAUCCAUGCUACUGUAACUAUUAGGAGGGGACAGAAGAUUCUUCUGCCAAAGAUUGUGGAUUCCUUUGCAAAGGACUCCAAGUUUUCUGACCGAGAAUUAGUGGACAUGAUCGAGUGCUGUGUUCCUGAGAGUUUGAGGUUGAUGGUCGAUGGAUGCCGUGGGAGUAGCUCUCGAAAGAUGAUCGAGUGGGUGCCUCACAACUUCACUUUCAGAUACUUGUUAUCAAGAGAACUCGGAAAUCCAAGAUUAAACUGAUCCCAUGUAUCACGUUGAUCAAUAUAUCGACACCAAAUGAUCAAUAUAUUGGCAUCUGAU